AUGAGUAAAAACUUUUUCGAAGAUACAUUAGAAAAACAAAAGCUUUUGAUAGGAGAACAAGAUGAGGAUUUAAAUAAAGUUGGAGAUUCAUUAAGUACAAUAAAGCAUAUGAGUUAUAAGAUUGGAGAUGAAUUAGAUGACCAGGCUGAAUUGUUAGAAGAUUUAGAUAUACAAAUGAAAAAUACAGACAUUAAAAUGGAAAAUGUUAUGAAAAAAAUUGUUAAAUUGACAAAGUUAGAAGAUGAGUCAAAUCAAUGGAAAGCUAUUAUUUUCCUCAUAAUUUUAAUUUUCAUCCUAUUUUUCAUUUUAAUUUUUUAG